AUUUUUCCAGAAGUCAGUUCAAUAUUUGUAUUGCUGAGUUGAUGGCUUCACUUCAUUGUACUAUAACUUAUCCUCCUUGCAUUAUUAACACACAAAAAAUGUUACAGGUCACCAUGGAUACAACAGAAGGAGAACCUGUCGCAACUGAUGGUGGAGAGGCUAUGGCAGAUGAUGAAGGUGAUGACACUAAUACUUCUUCUUCCUCAUCAUCCUCUGAAGAAUUAAUACCUUCUGAUGGAAAUGAAAGUGCUGGUGUUUCAAGUGAUGAUAGUCGACCCUGGGCAUCAAUAACAAAGGAUUUGGAGGAUAAGAAAGAAAAUCCUGAAAUUGUACCUACCAUUAAUGACUCGCCCUCAACAUCAGCCACUCAACCCACUGACACAUCAGAUUCCUCUAAAGAAACAGAACAAAAUUUACCUGAAUCUGAGAACAGUGAACAUCUGUCAGAUUCCUCUCAGUCAUCUUUGAAUCAUAGUUUUGGGUUUUUAGCUGCUGCUGAAAAUCCACCAUCUUCAUCGACUGAUUCAAAGCUAGACAUAAAAUCUGAUGGUGCCGAUUCAUCCCAUACAGACAGUGCUAUUGACACAACACCUUCAGAGUCUGAGAAAGUUCGCACUUAUGCUGAAGUUGUAUCAACUUCCAAUUCUAGUCAUUCACCACAAGUAGCCAGCACAGAAGAAUGUGACAGUGUAGCUGGUCUGGAGAGGCUAGUGGAGUCUGUGGAGCCAGAAUCAUCCACCCAGCAUCAACCAUCACCUUCGUUAACCCCUUCAACCCACCAGAGCAGCGAAGCUGAUCAUUCUGAUACCUCAGAUUUUGAUGAGCCUCGUGCUAAGCGUAUGAAACUGUCGCAUGAAUCUGUGACCUCACAUGAACCUGACACUACAGAUGUCCUACAAUCUGAUAUGGCAUCAUCUUCACCUGUUCAUCCCUCUAGCAAACCAUCAUCAUCCCCGUCACCUUCAUCUGAAAUGAAUUCAGUUGUGACACCUGAAAGCUCAGAGGUUAUUGAAGAAGAAACAAGGGUUACAUCUGGGUCUGAUUCAAAUUCAUCCAUAGUACCUAACUCUGACAAUGUGAUGGAAACUGUUUCUAGUGGUAGUGAAGAAACAGAAUCUCUCACACCAGCCAUGGCUACACCUGAGAUUCCAGGUAGUGAUAACGUGAGCAAUGAUGAUGAAAAUGUUACAUCCCCACCUUCUCAUUUAUCUUCAUCAAGUGACAGUCAGGGGUUUGAUGUAUGUGGAGACAGCCUCAGCAAGUACAAUGCUGACAGUAAACAGACAGCAGCUGAGUGUGCUGACAAAAAAGAUGAGGAAUCUGGUACUGAUAGUCCCAAACAGGAAUCAAUGGAUCAGGACUGACUUUUUUUCAAAUGGCCCAAAACAAUAACUUAACAGUUGAGUCAUGUCACUGAAUCUUAAGCUUGUCAGACCUGCAUGUCAAGUAUAUUACUUGACUCUAUUCAGAGAUGAUUUUAAAAUCAGGAAGCUUAAUAAUAAUAAUAGCUGAGGUGUGCUCUGAGACCUAUCCUACACAUUUUGCAAAAAUUACUUCAGCUGUUUAUUGCACUGCCAGAGUAAUAACUGACUGUCCUUAAAACAGGACAACCUUUGCAAAACAGGCGUAAGGUUAUUGAUUGGUAAAAUUUUGUUCCAUAGUUUUAAACUUUUUAUCUAUGGUUUCAGUCUUGUAGUUGCCAUCGGUUUAUUUUUACUGUAUUUAGUUUGACCAUCAAAUUUGUUGUUGUAGAUUCAAAAUUAUGGGCAUUUUGAUUAAAUAUCGAUAGAUUAA